GCAACAGACUGGUCGUCAUGGAGAUGAUUGGAGGAAGGCGACAAUGGCCGUUUCCAGUCAGGCUCCAUUUAAGAUUCGGUUCAAAUGUGUAAGAAAAAAUCAUGACACAAAACUAGGUUUAGACGACAUAAAAAUAUGGAAAUUUCCAUCGAUUACAACGACUAAGCCAACCACUACUCCCACCACGACACCAACCACGGCAUCUACCACUAAACCAACCACUACAUCAGCAACUACACCUACAACUACACUCGCAACUACACCAACCAAGAAACCAACUACUACACCAUCUACAACACCAAUUACUACACCCACGACUACACCAACUACUACACCCACCACUACCCCAACCACUACACUAAUCACGACACCAACAACUACACAAACAACUGCACUGACCAAGACACAAAUCACUACACCAACCACGACACCGACCACUACGCAAACUUCAACACCGACCACUACGCCAACCAUGACUGCAACAAGGAUACCAACCACUUCACAAACCAUUACCCCAAACUAUACGUCAACUACUACAAGGACAACACAUACGACUUCAACAAAGAUAACCACAUCAGUGAUAUCAACAACAGCACAAACAACAACACCUACAAAAGUUUCAAAUAAGAUAUCAACAACAAUAACAUCAUCACUUGCAGAAAUAACACCCGAUGAAACAACAUCAGUGAACCACAUCCAUAAAUUUGUCCAACACACAACAGCUAAGAAAACAAAGAAACCCUCAACGAAGCCAACGACCGAACAAGUGUCAGAAAUCGUAUCCAAAAUAAAAAAUAACAUAGCAUCUUCAACAUCAUCGGAACAAUCGACAACGUCACAUAAAACAACAGACCAAUUGUUGGAAAUAUCAACAACAUCGGAAUUCAAUACAACACAAUUUAUGAAUACGGCGUCAAUACAGAAUUCGUCAAUUUCUGUACCUACGUCUAGAAUAAAAUCAUCUAUUCCGACUGAAACAUCGCCAUAUCGAUCAACUACUUCCGGUCACAGAAUACACCAUAUUACUCAUGGUCCUGCGGUGACCAUGACUAUUCCUGUUGGCAAUAUUGAGAACAAAGUCGCUCAAAAUGACGGGUCGUUCACCAGCAGUCACAAAACUGGGAUAAUCGUUGGAUCCGUUAUUGGGAGUUGUGCUGUGGUUCUGGCAGCCUUAAUGGUCAUAAAGAAAGCCCGGGCAGCGAAAAUAAAAUGUUAUCAACUAGAGAAAUCGUAUACAAGUGAUGAAUACAUUCCUGGAUAUCUUAAAAUGAAAGGAAUGAAAAAGUAACAAGUUUAAAAGUAGUAUACAAUAAAACUGUUCAUGCGUGUACGAAAUGAAGAACAAACAAACUGUUGCCUUGAAAAAACGAUAACUCACAGAUUUUGAUGGGUAUUUUCAGCAUUUUACAGCAAGGAUAUUUAACGGAAACUAAAAAAGGUUAACAAUGAAAAUCAGAUUAAGUUGUUUUUGUAUGAG